AAUUUAAAAAGUUUAACAUUGCCGAAACUUUCAUCUGCUGAGUCGUUAGAAAUGAUUGGAAAUGGUAGAGGGAAUUUCCAAUUUGAGGCAUGCCAAGGAAACUUUCAAGACCUUGCGUCAACAUCUCUUCCCUCACUCAACAAAGUAACGUCAGGUCUAUCGUAUACCGACAAUUCAUUCACAACUCUCUCCCUACCGAAAUUGUCUGAAGUAGGCAGCACUUUUACGAUAUCUUCAAAUCCUCAACUUAAAGCCACAUCGUUUCCUGAACUUUCGCAUAUCGGCGAAGAUUUAAUUAUAAAAAAUAAUCAAAACUUGGCCACGAUCGACGGCUUUGAUAAACUCCAUCAAGUUGAUGGGAAAGCGCAAAUAUCGGGUGACUUCUCAAGUACACUAUUUCCUUCAUUGGAAGUUGUUGGACGUGGAUUGAAUGUCGAAUCUAGUUCUUCAAAUAUCGGAUGCAAUGGACUUGAUAAGCUACGAGGUGGAGACGCGAAAGUAAAUAAUGUCGAUUGUUCUUCGAGCACCGUAAAAACUAAUUCACCAAAUAUGCAAGAAAAUAAAACUAAUUCGGAUGACUCAAACAAAUCCAAAUCCGUAAAUAAUAAUACAACUUCAGGCACACAAGAGCCCAUUUUCGUCAGUAAAAAAGAUGGACACAGUGAAGCAAAACAACACGACGUUCAUAUAGCAGAUAUGAAUAGUGCAAAUAAAAUUUAUCAGCUCAGUCACGUGGAUAUGAUUGUUAGUGUUGUUAUCGCUUU